CUAAGCCUUUUAUUUUGAACACAACUGUUGGAUUAUGGGUAUACAGAAAGCGUUUCCACUACAGUCAAUAUGCUAUGUUCUAUGUAGUAAUCGGGUGAGCCAAAUGACAAAGACCUACGAUGACAUAGAAGCAGUUACUAGGCUUCUUGAAGAGAAAGAAAAAGACUUAGAACUGACAGCUCGCAUAGGUAAGGAGCUCUUGGCGAACAACAACAAGUUAGAGAACACAGUAGCUUCUUUGGAGACCGAUUUGAAAGCAGCUCAUGAGAAAAUUACACAGCUCAGCCAUGAAGUGCACAAGAAAACAGAACUUAUUCAGAUCCUCACUAACGAUAUGGACGAGAGUGGGUUGGAUAGCCCAGGAGGGGGGAGGGUGAACCUAGAAUUGCUCAACAAGAGGAUAUCAUCUUUGGAAGACGAAAAUAAUGCUUUGAAGACGGAGUAUUGCCGUUUAGCGUCAUGUGCUGAUGAUAUAGAAGCUCAAGAAGCCAGAUUGUUGAAAGAUUUGACUGGACAGCUGACUUGUGCCAAUUCAAGUAUGGGGUACCUAGAGGAUGAAAUUGAUCGGUUAAAGGAUGAAAAUAGGCAACAGCAUGAGCAAAUUUUGGCUUUGCAGGCUAAACUACAGGAUACGGAGCAAAAAUUAACUAAGAUCGUAAAUGAAAACGAAGAAAUGACGGGCCUUCUUCAAAUCACCAAAGAGAACCAAGGUAGUCUCGCGGUGGAACUGUCGGAGUUUAAAGCGCGGUAUUACGAGGUUGAGGCGCUGUUGAGGGACGCUCAAGACCAGUUGAGGAAACUGAGGAAGAAACAAAUGCCUGCGGCGAGGAUAUCAAUGUUCUCUUCGUUGGGUCAGAAAACGGCGGGGCAGUUUGAUAGUUUGCAGAGCGAGUUGGAAAUGUCCAUGCAUUCGGAGUUCAGCAUGGAUUCGGGCAUUUCGAAUCCUGAACCCAUUCCCCAGUACAAGAAAGUCUUCGAAACAGUCCGCUGCGCCUCUCAGAACUCUCUCAGCAGCGCCGAGAGUUGCGCGAGCCUCCAUUCCGGCAUGGGAGGUUACGUUACCAGCCAGGUCGGAGGUCCGAGGUUAAGCGUAAGGCAAACCGGAGGUGGAGGUGAUCAUCUAAGGAGAUCGUCAGGGUCGAUAUAUAGUGGGAGCUCUCUGGGGUAUCCCAGUUUGGAUUCCACUGGGCAUAGUGAUUAUGAUUCUAGUCAGACUGAUUCGGAAGAAGGGUAUCCUGGUCUACCACAGAAAGGUGUGCCAGGUGUCCCAGGUGCUACUGAAUUAGAGGCAGCUCUUAAGAGGCUAACUCCUGGCGAGGUCCUUGCUAGAAGAGCUAACCUGCAACAUGGACCCACUUAUGGCGGGUAUGAAGCAGACAGCUACCUGCCUUUCGGCUGUCGAACGCCAGAUAGCUUAAUGUCAACUGGCUCCAGUGGCUAUCAUCACGGAUGGAAGCUACCUGAGAAGCUACAAAUCGUCAAACCAAUAGAAGGCUCGCAGACUUUGCACCAGUGGUCACAAUUAGCUCAACCUACAUUCGGAGGGAUAUUGGAUGAAAGACCUGGAGUCAAGAUUAGAGUUGGUAAGGAAUUGGAAGAACUGGGCCUCGAAUCAUACGCGUUGAGUGAUUUGGAAGAAGACGAGGAAUAUUCCAACCCUGGAAAAAUGUUCGACAGUUCGGUACAUACCUACACCUAUACAAAUAGUACUAUUAUGCAUCCAGAUGAUGGCACUUUUGUCACGCAAAGCACGAGGGGCAGUAGAGUAGCAUCAGUCUGUUCGUCAGUCCAACCAUCUCCACCUCAAACCCCAAGAGUCCUAAGCCGCAGAAAUUCAUGCACAACCUUUAGUACCACAUUUGGAUUGGCCAAAGUGUUGAAUGAGCGAGGAAUCAAGGCGGUGACACCAUCCUGCGUUGCCACGCCUGCCGUGUUUUCCCCAACUGCUACGCCGUGCAAUAGUCCAGAUUUCACGCCCAGCAUUUCAAGGUCGGGUUCCCCAGAGCCAGAAGAAGAGGGUGAACUAAGCCUAAGGAGGUUGCUAGGUUCCGUGCCGAGGUUCCUAAUGGGCGGUGCUUCCACGGGGGGUGGCGUUAAGAAAAAGAGGCAGCAAAGAGAUAAGAGAGAGACAUUGGUGACAAGAAUCGAAAGAAUCGGCAUCCAAAACCUAAUGGCAAAUCCUUCAGCAAGCAUGUAUGCAAGACCUGCAUUGACAAGUCCAAUGGCCCAAUUGACUUGUUUGCUGCCCAGUCAUAGUAUGGAGAAUGUUUCGUUGAUCGGACAAAAGUUGGAGGAGGAAGCAUCGUCAGCAGCAUCUUCAGAAGCACCUUCCAAAACUCGCCAACCUUCACCGCCUACCUCCAUGGGCGUACCGGGUACUCCAGGCAGCGGUGCCCUCAACAAACGACUGGAACAACUGGCCCAGAGGAAACAACGUCGUCAACAGCAAGGUGGUACCACAAGGCCCGAUUUGGGUACAGUUAAUGGCCCGCCAAAAGUUGUACCCACGCCCGAAAAAACCCAACAGAACACGGCUUUGGGUACGCUUAGUUCGUUGUUGUUUGGUAGAAAAGGGGGGUUGUUUUAAGAAACUACUAUGAGGUCAAUAACCCACUUAAGGUCGUAUCCACCGCAUAAAAAGAUACAAGGGUGGGAUAUUGGGCUCGGUAAGGUAGAAAAAGGACUUGUUUUUAAGAGAGUCAACAGUAACUAGGUACCACAAGGUCCGAUUUAGAUAACGUGAACAGCUCGCCAAAAGUACUACCAAAAUCUACCGUCAAGUUUUACAAUAAAAAUUCAAUGAAGGAAUAUGCUGGGUUAUAUUAAUACUGGGUGCACCUAUAUUGAAAAUGGGUGGACCUUAGUUUGUUAUGGACUAGGGAUGUUGAAGAUAUGAGUAUUUUUUGUGAUUUUUCUGUUAUUUAUUAGAAAUACAGUGUAUAAAGUAGCAAAAAAUGUAAUUAAGCUGUAGGAAAAAGCAGUGGAUCUACACUGAGCGGUCAACAGUUGAUGUAUUUAGAUAAGGUAUGAAAGAACCUGUAUUCUAUUUGAGAUUGUGAAUUGUGAUAUUUGAAAGCACAGAAAAACAAGUAAAUCUAGAAAAUGUAAAACUUAAAUUCGUGCUUGCCAUAUAGUGAAAAUUACAAAAAAUACUCGGUACAGAUUAAAGAGAUAUGCCUAUAUAUUGCAGUAUUUUUUUAAGGAUAGAAAGAGAACGAAUAGACUUAGAGACGAAAUUGUUUUUUUAAUAUAAAGGGCAGUCAAAAAUCAUUUUCGUAGAAGAUUUAUUUCUUCUGUCAAGUAAUAAGCUUAGUAUAUACACGUAAUUCUUCAGAAUCAAUGUUUUUUGACAACCCUUUGACGCUGUAGCAUUUAAAUUACCUUCAAACGAUACAUGCAGUUUUUGAGAUAGCACCACUUUGUUUUUUUCUUGUUAAACCGAAAAUGAUGACAAAAUUCGUUUGCAAAAAUCAAAAAAAUACUAUUUUUAAGUUAUCUAAUUUGUGUGAUUUUCAAUCUAGUGAUUUUUUAGUAUAAGUUAAUACAAACAAAACAGCUCGAGGUGAGUCAAAGAUUAGUUUGUUACUUAGUUUACAGAUUAGUUACUCUGCUUUUAUUUGUCACUUCACCUAUUAUACCGUGCUAAUGAUUCCUAAUAAAGAUGAAACUCCACCGUAAGUGGUUGAUUGUACGCAUGAAAGCAGUUUUAAGAAUUUCCUACAGUGCUUUUUAAAAAAGUCCCUCCUAUUCAGUCCUGCCAAAUUAGCAAGUAAUGAAAUUGUUGCUGAAUACUAUAUUUUAGCGUAAAUCAGCUGUUGAACAUUCCAAAAUGGCAGAUGUGAGGUGGAGAUUUCUUUUAAUGGAAUAGGAGUUAAUGUAAUACUUCUCUACGGGACGACCUAUCGAAGCUGAUCGUUUUUGUUCAUUGAAUCGUCUAUAAUUGAACCAGCCAUCAUGAUGCUGUAGUAUAUUAAUGUAACUUAAACUUAUCCUGUGGUUUUCAUGUUCAUAGGACUCCAUUAUCUGGGUGUUUCGGCUAUCACGGUGGCUGUAGUAUAUUAUAUCAAUUUUCUUCUCUUGAAAUGAUCUAUCGGAAUAUGGAACAUUCUAUUUAAAGACUGCAAAAUUUUUGUAGACUGAAUGUCCCAUAUGUUAUUGCACUUCCAGAAAGACCCUUCCAAAAAAGUUUUGAUGAUCAGUUGUUGAGUUUUUCGAACCAUUGUACAAAAACAUACAACUUUGGCAACAAUGGUCCGUUAAUCCGCCAAUUUGAAAGAUAGUGAAUAUAUAUCCUACGUGUAUACAGUAUCGGGAAAAAUUAGAGAGACUAGACUAGUUAUGUCUUUUUUGGAAUACAGAAAUAAUUUGAGUUUUUGUAAUUGAUCUAAGAGAUUUAUGUCAUUAAGUAGUUUCAAAUGAUACAAAAUGAAUUCAUAAGUGUUGUUUCCAAAGAGAGAAAAUAUAAAAAAUUCUAUUUGUCAAAAUUAGAAAGACGUAUCCUUAAAAUACAUUUGUAUCCUAUUUUAAUGAAAGUAAACUAAUCCUUCGUCCAGUACCCUUUGUUCUCAAUGACUUUUUGACAUCGACCCAAUGAUAUCGGAAAUUACAGAUGGAUCCAUUGAUUUCCAAGCAUUUUCAAUCUCUUCAAAUAACAGCACGAUUGCUGAUAUUUUUAGCUUGAAUCUUUUUCUCAAUUAUCUCCCAAAGAUUUUCAAUGGGGUUUAAGUCUGGUGAUUGCGGUGGCCAUUUUAAAACUUGAAUUUUAUUUGUCACAAACCAUUCCUUCACAAGUUGGGCAGUAUGUUUGGUGUCAUUAUCAUGUUGGAACGGUACCAGAAACAUAUUCUGGAUCAAGUCUUUUAUUUGCUGGACGAUGUACGAACUUCCAAAAAUAUCAAACUUAGACUCGUCACUAAACAAAACCUUGUUCCAGUCCUAAGCUGUCCAGCGGCGGUGACGUGUUGCAAAUAUCAUCCUUGCAAUCACAUUUUUUUUUUUUGAUAGAUAGUCUUCUUUCAGGGAGCUCCGCCUCCACUAAUCUCCGCUGAACAGUCCUAGAUGAAACUCCCGGAACAUCCAACUGAGCCAGAAUUUGAUUUCCAAACAGUCGCGGGUUCUUCUGACUUAAACGCUUAAUUCUGCUGUCCAACUGUUUUUAUCUUUCGGCCACAUCUCUUACGGUAAACAACCCUUCCACGGAGUCGAACAUUUUUUAUUGUUCUUGAGACCAUUUGUUUAUUGUCAUUAAAUUGCCAUUUUAUUAAUUUUUGCAAGCGACCAGAUUUAUAAGCCUUCUAUAACUUUUUCUUUGAAAUCUAUGGAAUAAUGUUUUCCGCAUUGCUAAUAGUUUUCUCUGUUGUUUCAAUCCAACACUUGACCAACUCCACCUCAGUGAAACUAAACACAAAACGAGACUCUCUUUUAUUUUGUCGCAGGUAUUUUUUUAUCAAUACAAAAAAAUCCUAAAAUGAAAAUACCAUUAGGUACACAAAUAAACUGUUGUGAAUUAAAUUCUUUUGAUCGCCGGUAAUACACUGCUUAACAGAAAUUAAUAUUAUUUUAAGUAUAGAAAAUUGGAAUGGACAAAUAGCAUAGUCUCUGUAAUAUUAUCCGAUACUGUUGUAGCCUCAACAUGACCUGUCAUUACAAUUGAAUAACAUGUUCUAAGAUGUCGCGAUCUUGAAAUUUUCAACUGCCACUUUUACGUCAAAAUGCAUUCAUACAUCAGUUUUGUUACCCCAAAUUUCAGCUUGACCGGUUCUGAAAAUAAGUGGGGAGACCUUUAACAAAAGCACUGUGUUUUUUUGUCCAAUGCGCUUCUUGUUGAUCAGGCUUUCGGUUUGCUGAUCCAACAGUGGGAAUCCGUGUCGGAUUGAAUAUAAAAUAUUAAACUAAGAGAAUAAGCUCAUGUGACGCCAUUUGAGUGAACCAAAGCCGCUAGACAACCCAUCAAAAUAGUCCAUUGUUCUGAAAAACAUAGCAACAAUUAUAAUAUUGCAGGAACGGUUGAACAUUCGUCAGUGAAUUUUUUUAUUGAUGUCAAGCACCACAAAGGCAAUUAUUUCAGAUUUACCAUUUUCUAGUGAAAAUAAAUUAAGUCGACGAUUCCUGAUAUUGUAAUAACAUAUUAGCAGUUACAGCAAAGUAUCCGUGUAAGGUCUCAUUUUGACUGACUGAACUGUUUGAAUAUACCGGAAAAAUUGAUUUUUCUAACGUUUAAUAAAAAAAGUUAGUCAGCAAUAUUUUUUUAAUAUCUAUUGACGUGAUUUGUCAUUAUAACUUCGCUGUAAACCGUUUAUUGCAAUUUUUUCUGAAACAGUGUCGAUUUUUAUACAUUGUAGGAAACGACAGAUCGAAUUCUAUAAUGCACGGAGACCCAGUAAUGUUCCAAAUAACAUACUUAAGCCCAAAAGUAAAGUCUUUGAGUCACCUCCUAGGUUUUUGGUGCUGUUAGACCGAUAAGAUCAGGUAAAGAUGUAAAUACCAUAUGAUUCACUAUGUAUAUACACUUAAUAUUUAUGCAUUUUCUCGUUACGCAAAUGUAAAAACGUUAGUUGCACAUUUAAAACGAAAAGUAAUUUUCUAGUAUUCUUCAAAUAAUCGUAUCCAUCUUAGUACCUAGAUUUACAUAUAUAUAUUCAAUACAUGAUUUUCGGUUGAUUUCAUUUAACAAAAAUAAAGUCAUAUUUUGACGAAUUCGCUGAUUCGAAUUUCUGAUGCUACAUAAAUGGCAGAUAACAGAUGGUAUGUGCACACAGCAAAAUAUGCGGUUUCAUGAAAUAUUAAAGCAAUAAUAACACUAUGAGGUCCGAAAAUUAAGUGAUGAGACUUUUUUUUAAUUCUUUAUUCAAAGAUAAUUAAAAUUUUAUAUUACCAGCCUCAAAAUGACUUCCGUCUGAAGCCCAGUGCUGGAGACGGUUCUUCCACUCCUCAUAGUAGUGCUGGAACUUCAAUACUGAAAUAGCUUUUAGAUGAUCGGCUACGGCCGUUUGGACGUUCUUGACUGCCCCAAAAUGAGUUCCCUUGAGGUGAUUUUUCAACUUCGGGAAGAGAAAAAAGUCACAAGGACUAAGACAGGCGAAUAAGGAGACUGAGCAGUCACAGGAAUGUUUUUACUGGCCAAAAAAUCGUUUAUUAACAUUGCUGUGUGUGACAAGGAGCAUUAUCGCGAUGCAACACCCAGUUGUUCUUGAUCUGAUCAUGGGUAGUGUGAGUCAAAAUUUAACUCUUCACCAAUCAUCAACCGACGAUCUGAACGCACAAGAUCCCGGAUUCUGUCGAUAUCUUCACCGCUUCGUGGUUCAUCUUCAGUCGUUUCUGAAAAUGCCUUAAACCACCGAAAAACCUGGGCUCUAGACAAAACGCUAUCUCCGUAGGCCUGCUUAGAAAGAGUUUCCAUUGCACUGUAACCAAAUCUGAAGCAAAACCUGGUAGCACACCAAUGCUUGAAAUUGAAAUACCCAUUUUUAGAACACAAUAGAAAAAACUGUUUCACAAAAAAAUCGCUACGGACAACCAAAUGACUCAAUCGAGUUCAAACUUGUACUAAAUGCGGAUCACAUGUUCCCUGCCUCCCCUCCAAGCCCGGCGCCUCCAGUGUUGCCAGAUCGAACGCGCUUAAUUUACAGACCUUUUAAUUUUACUAAUCACUAUCAGCAGAAGUGCGAGAAGUAACCCGAAGGAUUGGCGGAUUCGCCAACCAGACAAUCUUGCUGCAUUCAAUUUGAUACUAUAAGGUGGUCAAGAAGUCAGUGCCAAUAUUUCUAGAGCAUAGAGUAUAUAAAAAAAAUAACACGAAAAGGGUGUUAUUUAUAUUUUCGAAAUUAUUAUUGAAAUUUUUGUGUAUUUGGUACUAACAGCUUAGCCAAAACAUACAAAAGUGUUCGUGUCCAAGACUGCACCAGCAAAAAUUAGAAAUUUUGAUCCCCUAGAGAAAUUUUUGUCAAACUGAUCUUUCUACAGAAAAAUUGUUUUGAAUGUUUAAGGUAAAAUCCAUAUUAAGAGAUCCUAUUCCACUUUGAAAAUACGCUAUAGUUGAAGUUCGAUAUUGACAAUUGCAUGCAGCCUAAGGAGACCAGUCAUAUCUCACCAUAGUGUCAUUUGAACGAUUCAUGUUCUGCGCUUGAAUCGGUGACGUUAAAAUUUUCUAUAACUUGUAUCUUGGUAAUGGGCAUAUUUUAGGAGAUACAAUGUUUAUGGGACGUUUUUGCUGGGUUACUUCUAGCAAACUAGUUUCCGCUGUAAAUGUUAUCACUUCUAUUUUUUGAAAAAAUCCGCUAUUUUUUCUGCAUAUUUGAUAGCUGACUUCGCCAUGUAUGAAAUCAAUCUGAAACCAAUUGAAAAUCGACUUCCAUAUUAUAAUAAUGGUGCGAGGGAUACUGAGGAUUAUGGUACAUGGAAAAUCAUUUGGAGGGAGUUAACAGUGUAUAAAGUAUUUAUUUUUUGUAGCUAGUGUAUUAUUGUGAAUUUUUUUUCUAGUAGUAAAUGAAUUUACAUGUGAUUCAAUAUAGAAAAAAAAUGCAGUCACGCAUUUCCUAUUCGAGUAUAAAGAAAUAUCAGGAACUACCACAAUAUACAGGUUGUUACAGAAUGUUUUUAAUAAAAUUCAAGGUCUAUAUUCAGCAAUUUAAAAUAUCAAAAAUACGUAGAUGAGUUUUGGUACAUGCACAUUUUGUUCCAAUAUCUUAAAGCCAGUCUGUUUUUACCUAAAAACUGCUUAAGAUUCUACUUAAAAACUGCUUCCUGGAUUUUCUCGUUCGAAUGUACUGCUUUCAAAAUAAAAAUUAUUUUGUUAACCAGUACAUCAAUCUAUUAAUCGUUAUUGAAAAUACUAAUCGAGCUGGCAACUAUUUUUAACAAAAUACGAAAAUCUCGGAAUGAUUAUAUAAACUUUCUCUCAUAUCGUCAAUUGCUGAGUUUGCCCUUUAAUUUCCCAGAUAUUUUCUAACAUUCUGUUUACGUGAAUUAAAUGUAUUUUAAGGACUGGGAGUAUGUUGAGUGGUUAGGCGUUGUUUUUCUUUAGUUUCAUCGAGGACUAAUAUUGAAUAUAGCAAGAUACAUUUUGAUAUGAUUUUUUUUUCUAUUUCGAAUCACUUGACAUAUACAAAGAAUAUUAUUCUCCUGGUUUUUCGACUGUUUUAUUCGUUUUAGUGAUAUACACUUGUAAAAUAUAAGGCGAAUUUGUUGCUGGUUAUGAUGAAUAAAUGAAAGAAUGUUUGACA